GGACCAUGGCUCGCUUUCACCGAUAAUCGCCACCGUUUUUUUUUUGCUUCUAGAUUACCUGUGAUGCACGCUGCCUGCCGUGUGGAUCCUGCGCUCGAAGGCGCCAUGGUGCAUCCGACCAGGUCCGAAUCCGCUCGAGUCAUGCGAGAUGGAGAUAAAUAUCGCACGGGUUGGCCUGUUCUGCUCAGAGGCAGCAAGUUGCAAACGGCAUUAUGAAGCUGAACGUGGCUACUCUCUCGGCCCUGGCCACUGUGGCCUCCGCUCUUCCUCACCGGCGCAACGAUGAGACCUGGGGACAGAUCCGAUCCAACAUCAAACAUGUCGUCUACUUGAUGAUGGAGAACCACUCGUUCGACAACAUCGCGGGUUACUGGGACUUUCACACCGACAUUGACAACCUGCGCAACAUCACCUACUGCAACGAGUACACCAACCCCAACUGGACGGUCUGGGAUGAGCCUCUCAAUGUGUGUGCUGCGCCGUUCGAGACCGAGGUGCCCUUGAGCGAUCCGGAUCACAACUUUGCCGGUACCACCUAUGAGAUCUUCCGCACGUGGUACCCCAACAAGACCGAUGUGCCCAACAUGGGAGGGUUCAUCGAGCGUCAGUCGGAGAAGUACGAGGCCAGCCCAGGCGAGGCCGGCUUUGUGAUCAAGGCGUAUGAUGAGAAGAAGACGGCGACCCUGGUGGAGGUUGCGAAGAACUUUGCUUUCUGGGAUAGCUACUUUGCGGAACACCCCGGACCUACCAACACCAACCGUCAAUUCGCUACCUCGGGCUCGACCUGCGGGUUUGUGGACAACACCUACCAGGCCGCCGGGUGGUAUGCGAACUACACGGGAACCACCUGUGCCACGUCGAUCUUCGAGUCGCUGAGCAACAAGAACAUCACCUGGAAGAAUUACUAUGAGACAGACAUUGUCGAUGCCUACAUGUACAAGUGGGUGCAAGACAACGCCAUGGACCGUCUAGUCCACUCGGACCAAUUCUACCGCGAUCUGGAAGAAGGCACGCUGCCUCAGUUCUCCUACUACAACCCCGAGUGCUGCACCAUCGACUCGAUGCACCCGACCAGCAACAUGGCCUCGGGCGAGCAGCUGAUCAAGCAUCUGUACGAUGCGGUGCGCAAGUCGCAGUACUGGGACAACGUUCUGAUCAUCAUCAACUUUGACGAGCACGGUGGUUUCGCCGACCACGUCCCCACCCCGAUCAACGUCCCCCAGCCUGAAGACGGCAUCACGUUUUCCGGUCUGUCGGACGGCCACAACGUGACCUACGACUUUACCCGUCUGGGUAUUCGUGUCCCCGCCUUCAUCAUCUCCCCAUACGUCCCCGCCAACCACCUGAUCCACGACCAGGGCACCAUGUACGCCAACAACUCGCAGUACACGCAUACUUCGUUCCUGCACUUCCUGCAGGAGCUGUGGGGUCUGGAGGGUCUGAACAACCGGGUGCAGUGGGCCAAGACGUUCGAGCAUGUGUUUACGAACGAGAAGCGCACGGAUACACCGGAGAAGUUGACGACCCCGACGUGGUAUGGUAGCAGCUGGGAACCGAAGCCGGAUCCGUUUUAUAAGCUGAACCAGGAUUAUGAUUAUUACGCGAAUUUAGAUUGACGAGAUGAUAUGAGAUUGACGACGAGGAUGAGGAUGAGGAUAUAAAGUACAGUGAUCAUUCAUGUAUCAUCAGAGCAGCGAACAAAGAUAAAAGAUAAAAUAGACAGCAGAGCUAAUGAGCAUACCAUGCAACUCCCACCUCCCAAACCCACAACCAAUAUCCCAAUAAAACAUCUACUGACUCUUCUUCUCCUCAACACCUCCCCUCCCCACCC